GCCCCUUUACCCCACCCCCAGCAUUCCAGGCGGGGGUGGGUGAUAAGGCUCAGGGCCACAGACAUCUGCGUCAGAGAUAGGCCUCAAUGCCAGCCAGGGACCGCUGGGCGUGGGAAGAAGAGGAGAGGGCUGGCAGGGGAGAGUGGGGAGGGCAGGAAGGAGUAUAGCACCCGCCGUGAGUGGGCACUAAGAACAGAGGUCCAGAAGCUGAGGGCAACAGGAAGCUCAGGCGAGGCGAUCCUAUGCAACCCCUGGCCAUGCUGCCUCUGCUGCUCCCCCUGCAGCUUCUGCUGCUGAUGGUUAUGAAGGGCGGGCAUGGAUGCCAGGGUCCAGAACUAGACAGGGAGCUGGUGCUGGCCAAAGUAAGGGCACUGGUGCUGGAUGCUUUGGGCCCUCCCAAUGCCUCCAAGGAUGGUGGCAAGCCUGUGGCCCAGCGCCUGACCCGCAGACAUGCCCACACUGGGGGGUCCACACGCAGAAGCAUGGAAAAUGAAGAUGAGGACCUUUCACAAGUCAUCCUUUUCCCAACCACAGGUCCUGGCUGUGAGGAUGAACCAGAGGCCAGAGCGGCUGAGGGCCUGUUUACAUACACAUUCAGGCCUUCCCUGCAUACUCGAAGUCGCCAGGUGACAGCUGCCCAGCUGUGGUUCCACACUGGCCUCGACAAGGUGGGUGCCGAAGUCCACAAUGACUCAGGCCCCAUGGUGACACUGCUGGCGAUGUCUUCGGGGGGUCCCAUGGCAGUGCCAAUAUUACUGGGCCCAGCCCCGCCUCACUGGGCUGUGCUUCACCUGGCAGCCCCUGCAUUCACACUGCUGACCCGUCCCCUCCUUGUGCUGCUGCUUCGCUGCCCAAACUGCCCCUGCCCAGCCCAGCUCGAUGCCACCCCCUUCCUGGUGGCACACACCAGGGCCCGCCCACCCAGUGUUGGGGAGAGGGCUCGUCGCUCCCCUCUUCCACCUCCCUGGCCCUGGUCUCCUGCUGCUCUGCGCUUGCUGCAGCGUCCAUCAGAGGAUCCAGCUGCCCAUGCUGACUGCCAUCGGGCUGCCCUCAACAUCUCUUUCCAGGAGCUUGGCUGGGACCAGUGGAUCGUUCACCCACCUAGCUUCAUCUUCCAUUACUGCCAUGGGGGCUGUGGGCUGGUCCCCUCCCCAGUCCUGUCUCCUGGGGCUGCCCUCACGCCUUCUCAGCCACUGCCCCUGGGCCCAGGCUCCCGGCCUUGUUGUGCUGCUAUGCCUAGCACCAUGAGACCCCUUCGAGUCCGUACCACCUCAGACGGAGGCUAUUCCUUCAAGUAUGAGAUAGUGCCCAACCUCCUCACUCAACACUGUGCCUGCAUAUAGGGAGGACCACCCUCUCUCCAAGUAAUGGCCUAACAUCCAUUAAUGCUGGUGUUGGCCAGAAUGAAAGCCAGAUAACCACAGAGAGGAGACAAGGUCAGAGGACAGAUCCCCAUCUCCUAGUACUGGGUCCUUCCUGUCCAAGGUCACCCUCAUCGAUUGUAAACCGAUAAAUAAACAGUUCAGCAUAACUAACUAGA